AUGGCCUCAAGUAGUGGACUCUGGAAUACUGCAACGACCUGGAGCACCCGGUAUCAGCCCUGUACCAGCACUCUCACGUCGACUGCCACGGCCACCCUGACGCCAGCCGCAAGCACAUCCACCAUCACGGUCACCAGCACUGCCACCAUAACCGGAUCAACCUCGUUCUCUACCGCAAUCCAGACCACGACAGUUACUAGCACCACUGACUCAACCACGGCAACAGAUACAACCACGACCACGACCACGACCACCACGCUUUCGAUCUCGACGUCAACUGUGGCUGCGCCAGCGACCUUCACUCCUAUCCAGACUUCCCUUCCAGGCUCGACUUACAGCGGAUCAGGCGGCUCUGACCCUAUCAGCAAGCGAGAAGCCAAGGCCGGCGGCAGCAGAGACAGUAGUAACAAGGCAAUGUUGUCACAACCGGGUCUCAGCGAGUGGCGAUAUCCCCAGGGCGUCGUUUGCCAUCAGUCGGUCUCAGAGACGUGCUCAACAAAAACUACCAUCACAACGUCGACAAUCACCGCCACGGCAAAAACUGUAACCGCUACCUCAACCUCGAUUACCACUACUACUGUGAUCCCGUCGGGCACCACCACAAGCACGAGCACAGUAACGACUACUGUAACCAGUGUUAUCACCGAGACCUCGACCAGCACUUCGACAUCUACGGCCACGACAUACAGCACAACCACCACUGUGUAUGCGGCCUGUGCGACCAACAAUCUUGCCGAUGAAUAUCUGGGUGAAUAUUUUCUGGAAGUGUCAGGAGGGUUCACAUCCGUCUACGACACCACCACAGAUGAUGCUUACGAUUGCUGCGUUGCUGCCAUCACGCUUGGAGACACGUCAGUCUGGGCCUGGCUCCCAGGCGAACCCAGCAACAACUGUGAAGUCGGCCAGACUGACGGCACAUGUCCCGACCCAGCCACGAACCCGUCCACGGCUACAUAUGGUGCCUCGUCCCCCAUCACCGUAGGUAACGCUUACUGUGGCGGCAUUAAUGCGGCCGUUCCAUUGUUGUCGAGCUCGAGUUCGAGUUCCUAG